CCAUUAACCAUGGCUAUCCAAACACAGGCCAAGAUUCCAGUUCUUGAUUUUUCUAGUGAGGACUUGAAGCCUGGUACAGGUUCAUGGUUCUCAAUGCGCAAACAAGUUUGCCAUGCACUAAAAGAGUAUGGUUGUUUUGUAGUAGAACUUGGCCAUAAAGUUUCUUUACAACUUCACAAUAAAAUCUUUGAUGCAGUGGGUGAGUUGUUUGAUUUUCCCACAGAAACCAAAAAGGAAAUCACUUAUGAAAAGCCUCUCCAUGGCUAUGCCUCUAGUGCUCUCCACGAACGUUUGGUGAUUGAUAAUUUGUCACCUUAAAGAGUUGUGAAAAAAUGGUGAAAUUUGUUUGAGAUUGCAGAUUCAUAUGUGAAGCAGAUGGAAGAAUUAGAUAAAAUGGUGAGGAGAUUGGUAUUUGAAAACUAUGGUGCAGAGAAAUACUAUAACUCUCACAUGGAAUCAACUACUCAUACUGUCGCAUUUCUAAAGUAUAAUGAACCUCAAAAGACAGGGACCAACACAGGCCUUAAAAGCCACACGGACAAACACUUCACUUUCAUACUUCAUCAAAAUCGUAUAAAGGGCCUUGAGAUAAAAACUAAGAAUGGUGAAUGGAUUGGUUUUGAUCCCUCCCCUUCAACCUUUAUAUUCUUAGCAGCUGAUGCACUCCAGGUAUGGAGCAAUGACUGGAUACAAGCUUGUGUCCAACUAGUUACAUUGAGUACUGAAAAUGAGAUGAGAUAUUCACUCGAGUUGUUUGCAUUCAAUGAUGGGUCAAUAUGUGUGCCAGAAGAAUUAGUUAAUAAAGAUCACCCUUUACAAUAUUGUCUGAUGAUACACAAAAAUUGUGAGAGGAUGUUAGGUGGUAGUAAAGCGACGAGCGGUCAUGUUUCAUUGGUUCCUCUAGAUGAUGAACAUGUCGAUCCAUCGAGCAAUGACCCUAUGGUGGGAGAUUGGACAGACUUUCAGAAGAAGGAACCACCAGAAGAAUGGGUGGAUGUAGUUGAGUUUGAUAAUACUUGGGGAGUUUUAUAUACUGCUGAGAUGGAGUUGGGGUUGAAAAGGGCUUUGGCGGUGAAGAAGGCUACAGACCUUCAAACAAUGGCUGGUAGUUUGUCUGCCCCUGCUGCUAAGACAAGCCAUAAGAGGAAGAAUCAAGCUAACAGGGGACGUUUGGCGAAGAAGAUCAUUAGCCAACCCAUCGCUUUAGACUUGACAAGAUCCCAGAGUAAUCCUAACCCUCCCCGUCAUGGUGUGGGUAAGGGUUUGAUGACACCUUGUGUCCUCGUCAUUAAUGAGCUAGUCCCUUCGCAAGUCCCUCUUCUAGUGAAGGAUGAGUAG